UCAGUUGAAGCUGGGCUCUGGAACAGAUCACAAUGAAAUCGUUUGGAUUGAUUGCACUGGCUAUCUGUGGCGUUAUCUGCGUCGCUGCGGAACCACAACACACCUACGACGGUCGCAAUGGGCCGCAUGUCUUCGGUUCACCGGGCAAUCAGGUCUAUAUAAGGGGCCAGAAUGAAGGCACCUACAGCGUGCCGGGAGUGGGUGGCCAGUUCCAAAACGCUCCUCAACGGGGUGAGCAUGUGUACACCGAUGAGGCGGGCAACACGUUUGUUAACCGAAAGAACGCUGGUGGACCAGCUUCCCACACCAUCAGUGGUCCCAAUUUUUCCGCCAAAAAUUUAGGGCCCAAUGGAGCUAAGAGCGUGGGAAUCCCACAACGUGCCCGGCGCAGUCCGCAGUUUCACGUAGAGCGUCCCGGUCGCACUGUUGACGUUGGAAACGGAGGAUUCUACAUUCAGCGUGGCCGACGCAGUCCACAGCUUCAUGUGGCACGCCCAGAUCGCACCGUAACCAUUGGUAAUGGCGGCGUCUAUAUUCAACGCAGUCGACGCAGUCCACAGUUCCAUGUGGAGCGACCAGAUCGCACUGUUGAUUUCGGUAACGGUGGCUUCUCCGCUCAACGUUUCCGCCGUGGGAUCAACGAUGCCCGCGUCCAGGGUGAGAACUUUGUGGCCCGCGACGAUCAGGCAGGAAUUUGGGACAAUAAUGUCUCCGUUUGGAAGCGUCCGGACGGACGCACUGUCACAAUCGAUAGGAAUGGUCAUACCAUCGUGUCCGGAAGGGGACGUCCCGCUCAGCACUACUGAAACGGUUUCAAAUAAGUGUAACUUUAGACUGUAAAAUACGAUUAAUAUGAGACUAUGUAUAUAGCAACAUAAAUCACAUGAUAUCUGAAUAUGAAAUCUAUAUGCGCCCAGCGGACUUGAAUUUGGUUUUGGAUUACUAUUUGGCUAGGAGUAAUAUGCAUAUAUCUAUACAAAACACGAGUGGCCCGAACACUGUGUGAGAUUCUUGAGACGCAACGAAUACAAAGCUCGUUCAAUGGGCAGCAGAUCGUAGGCAAUGUUGGUCAUUUGAAAGGGAUCCAGUUGCAGGUCAUAUGCCUCCAAAAAGUUCUGAAAUAUUUAUAAACACAUGAAAUAUAUAGAAUGGCAAAUGUC